AGAAGCUAAUUGGUAAUGCAUCAUGUGCCAUUCUCUGUGAUGAAAAAGAAGACUUUCAAUACAACUAAAAAUCACUCAGAAAACAAGUUUCCUUCGAAUACCUGGUCGGUGAGAUCUCGCACGGAGGUUUCAGUCCACAUCAUGGAGAGACUCAGCGAAGGCGACAGAGCUGUCUUGACCAGCAUUUUCGAUCCUCUGCAGCCGCUCGGUCUAUCCGACUUUCCGCAAGAACAUGCGUCGACAGACCCUCUCGAAGAAGACCGCUUGGAGCCGCAAAUAUUGGAUAUCGUGAAGAAAGCGAUAGUCUGCACGGAAGCGAAGAACUUCGACGAGUCCUUUCGAUUGUUCGACGAAGCCUUGAAGAAAGCACCCAAGUCACCGGCGAUCUUGAACGACAGAGCCCAAGCGUUGCGUUUGGCGAAUCGGCAUGAAGAUUCUACUUUUAGAAGCCUUGAAGGAUCUGCAUCUGGCGGUGGAAUUGAGCGAAGGAAAAGGAAAAGCCGGCGUCCAGGCGCUCUGUCAGCGCGGUGCCCUUUAUCGCUGGAUGGAGCGGGACGAGAAGGCGAAGGAGGACUUCACCCGAGCGGCCAAGGCCGGCUCGAACUUCGCCAGGUCGCAGUUGGUCGCCGUCAACCCGUACGCGGCCAUGUGCAACGCGAUGCUGCGCGAGAUCACCUGCAAGACCAGCUAUCCGUGAUGCGACGUCGACAUGCAUCUCACGUCAACGACUAUUUUAUAGAUAACGCUUUAUUUUAUUAUUCUCUAUUUCGAAAUACAGGUAAAAUCACGAGUGGCGUAUCCACAUCAAUACGAAAAAUGUUCAUUAUGUCGUUAAAUUAGAAUAAAAAUAACGCUAAAUAUUACUCGGAAAAAUUACACGUAAGAAUAUAAAUUAUAUCUUGUCAUAUUAAAUAUCGGAAUAAACUUCUUUAUAAGGUU